CUUGGAUGAGUCAUUUGUGUUACUUUGUCCGAAACGGGAAACCGGCACUGCCGUUACGUUACGCGACUCUGUCAUGUAAUAAGUGGAGGAGCCAAGAGACAAGCUGUUGUCCCAAAUCACAUCCAUCCAUCCCAAGAAAGCAAAAGAUCAAUCCAUCCAUCCUCCUGCUCAUAUUGAGGAGGCAGCGCUCCCCGUCCAGCUCAUUGAAAUAUAGCAGAAAGAAGACGACAAUAACAUCCCCUCUCAGUCAUGGCCGAAAAGAACGAGACUACCACUGCUGACCAGCUCGCCGAAGGUGUACAGAACCUCUCUUUGAACGAGGGAGCUUCUGCGGCUGAGGACAAGAAGACUGAAGAGAAAAAGCCCAGGAGGAGGAACCACAAGAAGAAGGAACAGACGGAACAGGAUGCAGCUGCUGCCCCUGCGGAGGAGGGCGAACGGAGCGAUGAAGCCGCGCAAGAGUUUGAUAACACUGCCAAGGUCUUUGUGGGUAACCUCGCCUUCACCACCACAAAGGAAGAGCUGGAAGAAUACUUUGGCAAGGCCGGCAAGAUCGCCAAUGUGAACAUCAUCACCCGCGGCCAGCGCUCUCUUGGUUACGGGUUCAUUUCCUUCGACACCGACGCGGAAGCAGACAAAGCCGUGGAGUUGUUGGAUAAGUCUGAGCUUGGUGGACGGCAGAUCAAUGUGGAGAGGGCUCAGGACAAGGAGCCUGGUGAAGUUCGUGCCAAAGGCGGUCGAGGCGGCUUCCGCGGACGCGGUAGAUUUAGGCGCGGUUUCUCCCGUGGCUUCAGAGGAAGGGGCGGCUUCCGGGGUGGUUUCCGUGGACGAGGCAGAGGCCGUGGCGGUUACGGUGGCCGCUCUGAGGAAGGCGCACGUGUGGAUGAAGAUGAAGCUCACGCUCAGGAAGAGUACGCCGAGGAUGCUGCUGCUGAGGAGGGCGAGGAAGUUAACGGUCGCGGGCGUGGGCGCGGACGUGGACGUGGACGUGGUCGCGGUCUCCGCCGCUUCCGUGCUCCUCGUCCAGCGCGGGACACAUCUGGGGAGACAUCCAAGACCACCAUCUUCGUUGCCAAUCUCCCCUUCAAAGUCACGGAUGAGGAUCUGUCCUCCAUCUUCAAGGACUAUAACGUGACUUCGUCCCACGUUGUUAAACUCCGCAGUGGUCGCAGCAAAGGCUUUGGCUUUGUCGAGGUAGCGGACGAGAAAGAGCAGGAAAAGGUUCUUUCCGAGUUGAAAAACGUUGUGGUUGAUGGCCGGGAACUGGUCAUCAAAGUGGCCAUGGCUUACCAAACUCCUCCUGCUCGUGAGAGUGAAGGUGAAGGCUCUGCUGAUGCUUAAAGAACACUCGGAAUUGCUCAACAUUUGUAAACCGAGCUGAUAACACAUUGCGCGUGUUCCUGAUGAGCCGCAAAUCUGGCAAUUUGGUAGUUUUCUAGUCUUUUCUUUCAAUGUGAUGGAUGCUGCUAGUGGGAUGUGGAGGAGCGGUGCCCUUUGGCCGCCUUUUCUCAUUCCAUAUGUUGAUAUGAAAAUAUAUUGCACAAAUUGUAAAUGCGUUUCUUUAGCUCUCUGUCCAAGAAACUGCAAGGCAAACUCCCGCAAUUCAACGUUUAUACAUCACGUGCGUGGCGCAUUGGCAAUUUUCUUGAGUAUAAAAACC